ACCUGAUAAAAAGGUGUGAGGAUAAACUCUUUAGGCUGUGAGCCGCGUCACUCAGUGGACACGAGGUGCGAGACGUGAACACUCCUGCCGACACUGCGUUUGUCGUAGCCGCUGCCAGAAACAAUCCAGACCGGGACGAGUGUCGCCGCUAGCCUCUGCUUGUGGCUAAUUAAUGUUGUGGUAAGAAGAAAAGAAUAAGAGACGAGAACCAUUUGAUGGAAGAAAAGAAAAAGAAAAGGCCAGAAGAAAAGAAAAAGAAAGAAGCUGCUCAAAAAAAGGCCACAGACCAGAUUACCAAAGUGCCAGACUCUGCCAAGCUCGAUCCCACCCCUCCUGUUCCCCCUACCAACCCCGGUGCCGUCCCAUCACUACCCCCCAGCAGCGGCAAUGGCAGUCGUGCUCCCUCCGGAGGCCAGUUGCAGACAUCACAGCAGGCCCAGACUCUGCUCCAGCAGCGUUACCUGCCCAGAGAGGUGCCCCCUCGCUUUCGCCAGCAGGAGCACAAGCAGGUGCUGAAGAGGGGCCAGCCUCUGCCCCCGGGGACGCUGCCUCUCACCACCUCGGGGCGUCCUUCCACCUCUGAGCCUGCUGCAGCAAAAUCCAAACCCUCCUCUCCCUUUUGCUCAUCUAACUCCACAAACACUGUGCAUACAGAACUGCCCCCACAGACUGGCAAGGGAGGGCAGUAUGAAAAUCCCCAUUGGGGACACCUUCCACCCAACAGGAGUGCCACGAGUGCUGCAGCUUCUACCACUUUCACGGGCUGGGAUCAACUGAUCAUUGACCAGAAGGACACAGAGGCUUGGCCUUCCAUUACCCACAGCCAGAGCCAGGCCCCUCCGGGAGGAUGCCUUUUGGACACUGAACCUGGUCGUGUGACCAGCAUCAGCACUAGUAGUAGUUGUAGUACAGUGACUAUGGCCACGGGGGCCAACAGCCAGACAGGCCACUUUCCUGCCAAUCACCUAAGCAGCAAGGCCAAUAGUGGGCCCAGCCCUGCCAAUCAUACAGGAACCAGCAUGCUCUCAAGCCAGGUAGCAGGCAAUCACAGCUGGGGUUCUGGGCCUGGGCCCACCCAUCCUCCGUCUGCAGUGGGAAAUGAAGGGAAGAGUGACACUCCAGUUGGAGGAGGAAGUAGCAGGGGCUGGGGCUCUUCCACAGCAUCUGCUACCAACAAUUUUAACUUGAACCUGAACCCUAAUGCCAACCCAUCUGCCUGGCCUGUGUUGGGGCAUGAUGGAGCUGGUACAGUGGGAGGCAGCUCAGGGGGAGCCAACACAAUUUCAACUCCUCAACCCACACCCAACCUCUGCAAUCCACCUGGCCCCCCACCAACACAGACCAGCACCUGUACUGGAGCCAACACUAACAGCAAGUCUGUGGGAAUUGGCAGCGCCUGGGGUAGCAUAAUGGCAUCUGAUACCGCAGAGCCACAUACCACCCCAUCCACGAAUGUGUCUUUCAGUUCCGAACCUCAGAACCUUAAAACUGAUGGACCAAAUCACACUAAUAAGCAGGAACCUCCCAGUCCAAUCCGGAACUUGCCUGCCUGGGGAAUGGGCUCGAUGAAUCAGCCCUCACCAGGGACUUUGCAGGUCAAUGGAGAGGACGGUAGCUCGGUGUGGAGUAACAGUGGUGACUCAAAGACACCUUCAUCUAAGGAGGCACAUGGCUGGGAGUCAGGUUGGGGCCAUGCUGGAGGAGGAGCUGGAAACUCUGGAGGCUGGGGUGACCGGCCCAGUGCAGACUGGGGAAAGCAACAGACUGAAGAGGCCCAUGGAGGCUGGGAUGCCACAGGUUCUCCUCCCCAGGAUUUGCAGUCUAGUCCAUGGGGCAGAACUGUGAGUACAGCUGGUGCCAGCGAAGGCAGCAGUGAUAGCAUGGAAGGACACCCCCGUCACAGAGACCGGUCUUCCAGAGAUAAUCCAGCCCCGCUAGUGCCUGCCCAGGAUCUGGAUCCAAGGGUGCUGUGUAACACUGGCUGGGGUCAGACCCCUGUUCGCCAGCAUACCUCCUGGGACAUGGAUGAUACCAAACGCAAGAAUGAUGUAGGCACUGAAUCGUGGGGUUCUGGUUCAACCACUCCAAGUGAUACCCAAGGGUCCUCCAACACCAAUGCGGGCUCAUCCCAAAGGACUGACCCUGAGAGCAAAACCGAUACAUCUGCUUCUCAGGGAGCAUCUGGCUGGGGUGGAGCCCAGCCCAGCUCUGGUUGGGAAGAGCCACCCAACAACAUUAAAUCUCCUGGAUGUCCUGGUGGCUGGGGGAAUCCUCCAUCAGGAGGCACUGCCAGUAUACCAAAAAAUGGUGGUCAGUCCUGGGGAGAAGAGAAGUCAGCUGGGUGGGAUGACUCUCAUCUCAAGUCAACUUCCCAGGGCUGGGGAGAGCAAUCCAAAGCAUUCCACAGUUGGGGAAAUGGUGGCAGUGGCAGUAGCAAUAAUGCAGGAGAAUGGGGAGAACCAGAAGAUAACAAAAAGAACAGUUCCACUAACCCUGGCUGGGAGGGAGAGUCAGGUGGAUGGAAAGAAACCCCACGAAGCUGGGGAAUAUCUGCAUCAGGAGCAGGGAUAUCUGGAAAUGGAGGAAACGGAGGCUGGGGAGAGGCAGUUAACCAACGUUCUGGUGCAUCUGGCCAAGGUUGGGGAAGCAAGUCGCAGGAUGGGCCUGCUGUUGGUGGUGGAGGAGGAGGUAUAGGAUCUUGGGGUGGCUCAGGCGCAGUGAAGCAAAGUGCUUGUUGGAGUGGCAAUAAGCAGGAGGCCUCACCUGAGCCCACAGGCUGGGAGGAGCCUUCCCCACCUUCAAUCCGUCGUAAAAUGGAGAUAGAUGACGGGACUUCAGCUUGGGGAGACCCUGGUUCUUACAACAAAGGAGUCAAUCUGUGGGACAGGAACAACUCUGUAAUGUCCCAGGGUAAAGUAACCACUGGAGGCAAUAAUCCCACAGGUCCCACAAACAACCAUGCCCACACUCACUCGCAUCCCUGUCAUGGGCCUGCUGCACCUUUACAGGGCCACGCUCAGAAUACCCCCAACCCAGGCCCUCCCAGUGGGCCCAUGGAUUCUACUGUGCAACAUCAAGCUGGUCCAUCUCAUAGCAGGGGUCCCCUAAUAGCUCAAGGUUGGGGUGAUUUACCCAACUCUCACACAAAAUCAGAGAACUCCUGGGGAGAACCUGUACCAUCUCCAGUCAGUGUGGACAAUGGGACGUCUGCCUGGGGCAAACCGAGUGGGAGCUGUGGGGGCUGGGGAGAUGGAAACCCUGACAGCUAUGGGAGGGGCAACCCAAAAAUGCCACCUGCAUCUUGCAAACCUGCCCCUAAACCUAUGCAAGAUGGGUGGGGUGGAGGAGGCGAAGAUCUGAGCCUGCCAGGGGGGCAGUGGGAGGCAGAGGAGGGAGAUAUGUGGAACAGUGCUGCCUCCCAGGAGAGCAACUCCUCCUGUAACUCCUGGGGCAAUGCAUCCAAAAAGGGCCCACAGAAGGGGAAGCUCCCAGGGAAACAGGAAGAUGCCUGGAUCAUGAACCGUCUUAUCAAACAGCUGACAGAUAUGGGCUUCCCUAGGGAUCCAGCAGAGGAGGCACUUAAGAGCAACAACAUGAACCUGGACCAGGCCAUGAGUGCUCUCCUAGAGAAGAAGACUGAGCUGGACAAACGGGGAAUGGGCAUGCAUGGCCACGACUACAACAAUGGCCUUAUCAACAAACCGAUGAGCUGCCCUCGACCUCCACUCCUUUCCAAAGACUCCUCAGCAGAUCCCCGUUUGCCCUACAUGGACAAGAUGCAGAGUGGAAUGUUUGGCGGCGGUGGAGCAGCACAAGCCCGGGCCAUGCAGCCGCCUCAGCCGCCAGUGCCGCCUCUCAGCUCCUCCCAGCCUAGUAUACGUGCUCAAGUGCCUCAGUUUCUCUCCCCUCAGGUUCAAGCACAGCUCUUACAGUUUGCAGCAAAAAACAUUGGUCUGAAUCCUGCACUUUUAACCUCACCAAUAAACCCUCAACAUAUGACACUUCUGAAUCAACUUUACCAGCUGCAACUGGCAUACCAGCGUUUACAAAUUCAGCAGCAGAUGUUGCAAGCGCAGCGCAAUGUUUCUGGCCCCAUUCGACAACAAGAGCAGCAAGUUGCACGUACAAUCAAUAACAUGCAGCAGCAGAUCCAACAGCACCAGCGUCAGCUGGCCCAGGCCCUGCUGAUGAAGCAGCAGCAGCCGCCCCCACCCCACUCUGGCCUGCAUCCUGGUGGGGCCAAAUCCACACUGGACUCAUUUCCAGGUCACCCCCAGGCUCCAGGCCUCCCUGAUCUGCAGACCAAAGAGCCGCAGUCAUCUCCCAACAACUACAGUCCCUAUUCUCUCUCGGGACUGAACCCAAACAUGAAUGUAAACUGUAUGGAGGUGGGAGGUCUGUCUAUGAAGGAUCCGCCUCAGCCCCAGUCUCGCCUGUCACAGUGGACUCACCCCAACUCCAUUGAAAGCCUCUCUGGAAGUUCCUCUCCUCUGGAGCCCAACCUGAGCAAACAUGGUGCCAAUCUGGGUCCCCCUGGUAAACCCCCUCAGGUGGAAGACUCUUACAGCCCCUAUAGUCUGAUGUCUAGCUCAGAGUCUCCUACCAGUCCACUGGUGACCCCAGACAACUGGGGCCAGGGCAAGAGCAACAGUGACAAGAUGGCCAAUGGGACCAAUAUCAACUGGCCACCAGAGUUCUGCCCUGGUGUACCCUGGAAAGGGCUCCAAAAUAUCGACCCUGAGACUGACCCCAAUGUGACCCCUGGCAGUGUCCCAAGUGGGCCCACCAUCAACACAAACAUCCAGGAUGUCAAUCGGUACCUGCUCCGGGACAGAAGUGGAGGAAAAUUGUCAGAGAUGAAGUCAACCUGGUCCCCAGGUCCAAUUUCUCACAGCCAGGCCUCUCUGUCCCAUGAGCUGUGGAAAGUUCCCCAGGGCCCCCGGAGCAACACUACGGUCCCCUCCCGUCCACCACCCGGCCUCACCAACACCAAGCCUUCCUCAACGUGGGGGGGUACCUCCCUGGGUUUGGCCCAAGGUUGGAGCAGUUCUUACACCACAGCAGGUACCACAUGGAGUACUGAUAGCUCCAGCAGGACCAGUAGCUGGCUGGUACUCAGAAACCUUACUCCACAGAUCGAUGGUUCGACUCUGCGUACACUGUGCAUGCAGCACGGCCCACUCAUCACAUUCCACCUGAACCUGACACAGGGCAACGCUGUGGUCCGAUACAGCUCCAAGGAUGAAGCUGCCAAGGCUCAGAAGUCCCUACAUAUGUGCGUGCUGGGAAACACGACCAUCCUGGCAGAGUUUGCUGGGGAAGAAGAAGUGAACCGCUUCUUUGCACAGGGCCAAUCGCUUGGUGGAACCACCAGCUGGCAGGCCAGUCCGAGCUCCAAUCAAACGAGGAUGGGUGGGACGGGAUCUGGAUCCUCGCAUCCCAUUGGUCACUCUCCCCACUGGAACAACAACAACAACGGCAGCAGUGGCGGCGGCGGCCUGGGAGCAGGUGGAGCAAAGACUGGUGGAGACCUGCUAUGGGGAGGUGUACAGCAGUACUCCAGCCUCUGGGGACCGCCGAGCGGCGAGGAGGGACGCGUCAUGGGGAGUCCCACUCCAAUCAAUACGCUACUGCCUGGCAAUCUAUUGAGCGGGGAAUCCAUGUAGGCCAAACGUCCUCCAACAGGAGCAAAACCUUUUUCAAAUCAGUGUGGAGAUAAUCAGUGUGGGUGUAAACCAUGAAGGGAAUGGGCAGCCUUGUUGGCACCUGUUUCACACGGCAUUUCAGUUGCAGUUAUGUUGUGAAUCUCAUAAAGAGAUUUUAGUUUUACAGUGUUCACCUUUUUUGCAUUUCCGGUCAAAGGAAGAAAAGUCUUUUGUUCAACAGAAAGAGAACUUUUUCGCAAACUGACUUUUGAAAACUCGCUGUGCAAAACGUAUUGCAGUCAAACUGACACAAUGACGAGCUGCCAUCCUCUCUUCAACCUUCCCAAACCCACCGCACUUCAGAGAUCCAUGGCAAGGCAAAGGAAAACCCUUCAAUCCCCGUGGUUUCAGCUCAUCCAGACUCGACAUUUUGUGUCUCUCAGCACUAAUAUUAGCCUUAACCUCCUUCUGUCCCGCUUUUCCUCACUCCCACUGUACAUGCAGAAGAAGAAUACGGACAUGUGUACACCCUUGUUUCUGAGCCAGUGAAUGGAGAGUACAUCCUGCUGUGGCAACCUGGAAAACCACAGCUCACAACUUGAGUGCAUUUCAUAAGCAGCUUCACUUCCCCGACACAAUCUUCAAAGGGAAUGAUGCAACUCUUGUUUCGCCUUGUUCAAGCCAUUUAUUUUUGUAGUGUUUUUUUUUUCUUCUUGAACCAUUGCAAGCGAAGCUGAGAGAUAUUAUUCAGAUGUGUCUGUCAUUCUUUACACGGUGGAGCUGGGGGUCAUCGUGUCUACUUUUUUGUGAUGUAACAGACGAUAAAUUGAACCACUGCUAUUACUAUGUAACUGUAAGACAAAACACAUCAAUGCACCUCAACUCGCCUGCGAGCGACUCGCCGUCUGGCCUCAGUCUUGGAAACCUCUCACUGAUCUUGUGGAAAACCUCAAGUCGUCAGUGUUUCCCACCAGUGGGUAGAUACCCCCCCAUCUCUGCCUCCACUCACAAAACCCUAUUUCAAGCGACGUGCAAUAUAAGCCACAGACUCUACCGUCCAAGCACCCUCACCUUGGCCUCUCGGAAAGAGAGGGAGACUAUAAAAGAUGAUCGAACUGUUUAGAAACUCUAAUCUGCCCCUCACCCCCACCCCCUCUAAACUCUAAAACUGCCACUACCACCCUUCAUUUCCUCCUCAUGAGUGCGUGAACUCAGGAGAGUAGCAAGCUGGUCUCGAACCAUCUUCUGUCCACGGCACGAGGAUGAAAACAAAGCACUUCUUCAGCGAGUCUACUCUCCGCACUUAUGCCAGUGACUAGUUUUUUUUGGGCAGAGACGUGGGACAGGAGUGUGUGUGGGUGUGUGUGUGUUUGCGUGCAUGUGUGUGUGUGGGGAGAAGGCAUCAAAACCAAAAUAUGAGUCUUUUUUUUCCUCUUCAAACAGAAGACUCAAUGACUUUUUUUUUGCUUAUGUUUUGCAGUGGUAGAGAAGUAUAUAGUUUGUGAUUUGGUGGUUUAAUAUAGCACUUAGCAGGAGCGCCAUGGCUCCAUAUACCCUCAAUGCCAACCAAUUAGAAGACAAGAAGAAGCCGCGAUGCUAAAACUUAAAAAUCUUAAAAUGAAAAAAGACCAAAAA